GUCCUCGGAGAUUCAACGGCACGUCAGCGCUGAUCCGGGAGCAACCUUUUGGCUUGUCUUUCCUAUCCGCCUGGUUCGGACGAUCGCGUCCGACCUCAUCCAAGGCAGAAGGCUGUGGACGAACAACUGUCGUGUUCAACUCCACACAGCUCCGGAGCUGUUGCCGCAUGCGUUAUGGAAAGGCUGAGCGUCCGGAAAUAGUGACCACUGGGUAAUUAGCCAUGGGCAUUCGAAAUCGAAACCCCUCCCCCCACCUUUUUUUCCUUCCCCAGAGUGCGAAGCCAGCACCUGACCGCUGGACGACGUUGAUCUUUGUUCCGAAAUGCCCUCUCGGGACCUCGGACAUCGAUCGGAUGUUCCGAAUGUCCCGAUGUCCGGACCGUGGCGGACAGAUCGGCUAGUAUCUGGAAAGAAAGAUGAUGAGAUGCUAGACUGUGCGAAUCCGGCGCAAAUACUGUAUGAGAUGAAGUAUAACGUACUGUUUCCUAUUUGGGCGUCCUAUGUACAAGUGAAUGGCAGAAACCCGCCUGGGCAGGAACGAAAGGACACGAGUGAUGCCGACGACACUGUCACCACAUUGGACACGUUCAAAAGUAGCCUCAGCCGGGAUAGGAAAUUAGCGCCGGGUUCAGAUGGCUCACAGCCUAUGGACGCCACGACGCACUGCCGGCCGAGAUCCAAGUGCCGAAGGUUGAUGCGCAUUUACCUCUUUUUGGUGGUGAUCGUCACCAAAAAGGUAGAUAAGGUUGGGAAACGUGCCAGACAGAUGUUUACCCGCCCGUUGGGGCACUUCCGCCUCGUCCCUUAA